AUGGAUUGCAUAGCACGUGUACCGAGAUGCUACUAUCCAACUCUCUCCCUUGUUUCUAAAUACUUUCGCUCACUUGUUGCAUCGCCUGAGCUAUAUGCGAGGCGAUCCCUCCUCGGCUGUGCUGAAUAUUGUUUCUACCUAGGGUUUUCUGACAGAUCAUCAUCUUAUAUGAGCUGGUAUACAUUCCGCAGCACGGACAAAUGUUUGGCCCGUAUACAAUCCAUCCCUUGUGUGCCUAUACAUUCAAUAUGCGUUGUUGUCGGCUCGAAUAUAUAUAUGAUCGGUGGAGUUGACAACAGGAAAGCCACACCAGAUGUGUCAGUCAUAAGUUGUGUAUCUCACAAGUGUGAAAUUCUCCCUAGAUUCCGAAGAAAUGUUGCUGGUCGCUUGCCGAUAGGAUUCUUUGACCGAAAAAUAUACCUAAUUGAUUACUAUGAUGAUCAUGAUCCUAGAAUCAUGGUGUUUGACACGGAAUCGCGCACAUGGGGACUUGGUGGAAGGUCAAAAGUGGAGGCAGAAGAUCGUGUGGUUGGUUGUGUGGGGAUGUCCGGUAAGAUUUAUAUGACUACUACUAAGAACGGCUACAUUUGCCACCUAAAUGAAGGAGAAGGAGGUGCAUGGGAGACAGACGAGAUCAUGAAUUCUGAGCAGUGGAUUGAUCCAUGCAUCUUGGAUGACAUGUUAUAUUCUUAUGAUGAAUAUAAGAACAGUUUAUGCGGGUUUGAUCUAAAGUUGAGAUGUUGGAAAAAAGUUAAGGGUUUAAAAGGAUUACCUCAAAACUGUUUUUGUACACGCAUAACAUGUUGCGGUAGCAAAUUAGUUGUUUUCUUUCAGACAGAGUUUGAUUUGUCGUCAGGAAAAACAGAAAUCUGGUGCGCGGAGAUUGCCGUGGAAAAGCAUGCCGGAGAGCUUUUGGGGAAUGUUGAACGGUGUGAUAUGGUGCUUGUGCAUCGUUUUGAUCUUAUCGAAUGUUUAGCUGUUAAAAUCUGA